UUAACAAGUGGUCGAUUCGACCGACUGCUAUAUGAUUCCCGUCGUGUUAACGGCCGACAACCCAGGAAGAUGCCACAGAAAGCACUGGGAUCCAUUGUAGGUCUUCUUUACACCGGGACCUAUCUGGUGCAGGGAAAGGAGUUCUGUUUUGGGGUAAACAAUGAACAGUACCGCUGUGAGAUGGGGUACUGCUGUGGAGAGACGGAGUGCUGCACCUACUACUACGAGCUCUGGUGGUUCUGGUUGGUAUGGACCCUGGUCAUUAUGUUAAGCUGCUGCUGUGCCUACCGACACCGGAGGGUUAAGAUGCGUCUUCAGCAGGAGCAGCGUCAGCGUGAGAUCAGCCUCAUGGCCUACCAGGGAGCUUCCAGUUCCUUCAUUUCCCCUCCACCGCUCAAUCUAAGGUUUUGGAAUGACUGCAAGCUUCCUGACUAUGAAGAGGUGGUAGGUCACCCCCCAACUCCACCACCUCCUUACUCUGAAAACCCUCCCGAGACUACUUCAGCAGUUUCCCCGCAAGUGAGCCAACCAGAAGCUGCCUCGGUACCACAACAACCGGCUGAGACCGACUCGAGGGUGGACAGUCAGGCCUCAGGCUCUUCAUCAGAGCAAGAAGCAGUGUUGAUGCCGAUCCAAGCGCAGUGUCUGGCGGAGGAGAACGUGCAGGCUCCAUUAAUGGCGGAGGCAGAGGAGGAUGAAGAGCUCAUCACUCGUAGACGCCAUGUAACCGGAGACUCGGGGAUUGAGGUGUGUGUUUGCCAGUUGGAUGUAGAUGAGGGCUCUGGGCUUGAGGAGGAAAGCGACGAGGAGCACCGGAUAUGCAAGGUCACUGGUCGGGACUGCUGCUCCGGGCACCAGCAGCAGAUCUUCACACAGAAAGAGCACUCCUCUGAGCUGCCCAGCCAGACCGCCAGCACCAGCACUGGGGACCACAUGGUGUGAUCCACAAUUUAACUAUCCAGCCAGCCAGUGUGGCUUUCCGCUUCACACAGGGUGACAUGAGAUUGCUGUUGCCAUCAUCAUCAGCAAAGGAACUGUCUGUGUUUUAAUUAUUUGAACUAACACUCAGGCAUCAUGUUAAGAUGAUGAUGAUAACUAAAGCUUAAUGGUUCCUGAUUAGAAAAGACGACAGUGUGUGGACAAAACUCCUUUGCUUUUUCUUUUUUUCCCCGCUUUGCUUCUCCUUUGCAGGGAAACCAGCAAACACAUAUUGCGCUCCUAUUUGAUAUGUUGAUCUUACCAUGAAGUGCGAGAACGUGACUGGGUAGUGAGAAGGCGGCAAUUGAUCCUUAAUGAAACCGGACUGUUUCCCUUGCUCCUGCCCUCUCCUUGAGCCCUGCUAUCAUGUUUCUAUUUCUGUCUCGCCACUCUCCUUUGGUCAGAACAUUUCCGGCCAUCCUUCCAUCUGACAUUUUACCUCUGGUGGGAUGGUCAGCUCGGAGCAUACCAGCACGGUCAACAACAGUUUCUCCCCUGUCCCCGUUAAGAAGAGGAGUCAAAAACAAACCCCUGGAACACUUAGGAUGAUAGUGAAUGAAUCGACAACAGUUGAAGACGAGUUUUUUUUUCCCCCAAAGCUGUGUGUGUGUGUGUGAGAGAGAGACAGAGAGUUUGCGUGUGUGCUUUUGAAAUGUAGGGCACAGCUGCAUGGUGAUGUCAGCUCUUAGGUCAUGGCAGCCAGUUCUGGUGUUGUCAGGUGUGAGUCUAUGAGACUGUUCACAUCUAGAGUAGGGGAGACUAUACACCCACAAAUAGAAGUGGAGAGAGUUACAGGAAGGAGUUUGUUGUUUCGUCUCUGACUUUUAAAUGUCAUACACCCACCCACUCCACUAGCCCUUUUUUCCCCCCUUCCUUUUUUGAUAUCAAUAUUAUCAUCUCCCCAGCUCUGUGGUUACCAAUCAGCAUGACUGUAUGCGUGACCAGCUUUUAAUGAUUAAUUGACUGUGUGCAUGUUAUCUCCACACUUCAGUUUCUGAUUGCAUUAAAGGUCAUAGUAAUAGCCAAAAGAGCUAAGCCACCAAUAACCAAUAAAAAGUCUUGUGGUGGCUCUGUGUUACUGUGUUUAACGUACUGUGUAAUGUCAGAGUGAGUAGUGACAGCAUUUGGCUUGUUCUGCACAGGAAUAUAUAGUUUGGAUGUUUGUAAUGAAGGAUGCACUUGCUUUUUUAUUUCAUAACCAGCUACGGCUCAAUAAAUACCACAGGUGUAACUAUUAAUUGCAACAAAGCUCCUGAUGGGGGCUGCUAGAGUGUGUACUAGUGAGUGGUUGUUGUAGUGCAGUAGGGAAGGGUUGACUUUUGUGUGUAUAUAUCUUUGCAGUGCUGUAGCAUCUGCUUAAAAUACUUACUCAGCACUGAGGUGGAUUAAGAAUUAAAAGCACUGUUAUUUUGCAUGAGGCAUGAAUUUCUGUGAUUACAUUUGACUUCAUUAGCAUUUUCUAGUCAACAUGCUACUUGCUUUUCUCAUCUGUUUGUCAAAGUGAUGGUGGGCCACAGUGGCUCUACGACUGUAUGUCCAGAUAUUGUGAUAAGUAAUUGGACUGAGGUUUAAGUUUAGAUGCCCUGGAUGUGGUUUCAUUGUUUUGUUAUGACUGUGUGAGCUAUGCUAUGCUGUUACGCAGUGUUGGUAGCUAGUUAGCUUGUGCUGUCUCGCCGCUCUGUGGCAUCCGUAGCUCUUGGCAGCAUGAGGGAUUUGCAGUGGUAUUUUCCAUUGGCAGCAGAAGAUGGGUGUACUAGGAACUUGAGGUGGAUGCAGGCUCUGCAGCCUAGUCAGUGUUGGCACAGCUGCAGAAUCUGUUGUGAUUAACUGUAUGCUUCUUUGCAUGUCAUGUUGCUUGCCUAAUAUACUGUAAAAUGUGUAUGUAACACAUAGCAGUCAAACUGGGUGUGUUCAGAUAGGUAAAAACAAAAUUAUUAUUUGUUGCAACAUUGAUUGCGCAACCAGUAACAGAUAAGUUAAAAGAGAAUAAAUUCCCAGGUGGCAAAGUGGUGAGUAAGUGCUAACACUUCAUUCUUGUCAGAUACAUUUAUUCAUGCAUUAACAUUAAUGGCCAGUCUCUCCUUUUCAACACGGAUUGAACUCUGACAAGGACACAUUGUGGUAGUUUUCGGCUUCUUUAUAAGACAUUACAUUGGGUUCUGCAGCUCGGCGGUACAUCAAAGAGUUUCCUCUUUCCUCCCAACUAGCAGAAUCACAAAACUCUGUACUGGCCGUGGUUGCGUUUCUUGUUUUUGUGAUCUACCAUUUGAGCUGUGCUACAUACUAGCGUGACUAAAUGGUAGGAAGACUGUACAAGGGGGCCAGUAGAAUAGUUCUCUAAGGUUUGAAUUUAAAGAAUAGUUUAUUUCAUGUCCAUUAAACAUGACUAAUCAAACAUGAUGUUAGCCAGUUUUGCAAUCCUUGUGUUGCGUAGUCAAGCAGGAACUUAAAUAUGAAGCCAAACUGAUGACAAUGACCUUUUCCCAGGAGCUGUUACUCUGUGAGCAUGACUGCACACCCAUUACCACAAGUAAUUUAAGACUUUUUUUGACCAACACACCUCAAGCUGCCUUGCUGCAUCUCUAGAGGGCGAAUGUCGUGAUUAUGGAGCUGCACAAUAAACUGUUGCCUCUGUGUACCAAAACAGAUGUGCUACUGCCUUAUUAGAGUAGAUGUGCUUAAGUGGUUCUGUUCUGGAUUUCUUUUGAAUGGUGUUUAUCUGUGUUGGUUCAUGCAUGAUAGCAUCAGAUUGGAGGAGCGCUUUUGUAUCAAUAGAAAAUGGCACCUGAGCUUGUUUCACUUGCUUUUUGAGAAGAGGAUGUGGUUUAAAAACAUUUAAAAGCCACAAGAUUUAACCUGCCACAUGUUCCAUUGAGCUUUACUUAUAUUGGUUUUGUGUCUGAGGAGAGGUGUUGAUUUUAAAAUACUGUGUGUCUAAUUCGAUGUGGCACUGACAGAAUUUGUCCAGACCAGAUUUUGAGUUUGUGCUCAUUCUGUUUUUGCUCUGUGGAUUUGGUUGCAAUUAGUUUUUUGAAAAGAACUGACUCAUGAGGAAAAUUAAUAUAAAAAAGAAAAAAAUUUCUAUAGUUUUGUUGUGAUUCAUUCUUUUUGUGUUUGGAGGACAAAACAUAACUCCAACAAGAGAUUGCUUUGUAAUCUUUUUUCCUAAGGUGCAUUUCGUGCUUAUUUGUAUGCAUAUGUAGACCAACUAAUAGGGGAUGUGCAGGGGGUGGGGUGGGGUGGGGUUAGGGAAGGACAGAAGUACUUGUGUGCAUGAUUAAAUCGGAGGUCACUGGUUUUCCCAUUGCCAAACAACUCUAUGCCUCCCUGGUUUCCACAUGUUUACUGAGAUUAAGGGCUAUAUCGGUCAUCAGUUUUGGACAAACAUCCAUCCAUCCGUUUUAUUGAGUGAUUUGUCCGCUCUGCGCUGUUCAUUUAAAAGCCGCAGUUGCCGAGGUUCAUUAUCUGAACAUGGUCAGACAUCUGUACUGUGACCAUGGUUAGUGUUUGGAUUUGGCUGUCCUUUUUUUUAAUGUUGUGGUGGAACUCAUAUUUAAUAAUAACUGAUUGUAUAUGACCAUAUAUGUUUGUUUAAUGGGCUUUAACUUUGCCUUUUUGUCCUGUCAGUCUCAACGGAGGUGCGUGAUGCGACAUCUCCCUACCCCCCCCCCCACACACACAAACACACACUGCCCAAUGAGAACCAUUCUGUCUUAUUUAACCAGCUGCAUGUGUGGUCAUGACAGCAGUUUAUACUUUGCUCUCUUGGCUCUUUUGUCAAGCGAGACUCCACCCUCCACAAGUCUGUUGAACAGAAACCAUAGCCAGCAUUGUAGCUGCUUUUUUUUCUUCAGCUGCACCAUCCUGCAUGUUGGCCCUUGAAAACAGGAGGGCACAUCUACCCAUGCAGAAGUGUCGACAGAAUAAUCAGCCAAAGUCACUGCCAUCUCCAUGAUAUACAGAUUGUCACCGGUGUAUGCGUGUGUAUGUGUGUGUGCGCGUGUGGUUAUCAUGCUCUGUUUGGUUUCCCACUCUCAGGUUUAUCUUUAACAAGCAGUGCUAGAAUUUAACACGUUUGACCCACCAGUCUCAUAAGGCCAAAGCAGUUGUUUCAUGAUAAUUGUCUCCUCAUUGUUGUCUGAUGUUAUUUCAGCAUCACGCAUCUCUGUAGUGUAUUGUACUUUACUCAACUAGGCUAUGCAAAAACAUACUGUUAUAUGCUGCGAGCCCUUUCUCACAUUCUCUGUCAUUUGUCUGUGGGUAACCGUACAAGCAAUAUAACUCUCAGUACGUGUGGCACUGCAAUGUACUGUAGUCUACUUUGGUUGGUCUGUGUACAUGUAUUUGUUUAAGAAAACGCAUUUUUAAAAAAAAAGUACUUGUAAUGCUACUACAACGAUGUAUGUGUGUUUCAGUGUCAGCUGAGGGGCUUGAGUUAAAAAGCCAUUCUAGUUUAUAUAUAUUCUUUUUCUUCUUUUUUUUUUUUGAUGUUUUCUUGUCUGCCCGUUAACCACUAACACUUUCUAUUCCUGGCUUAUAAACCAUGUUACUGAAUUGUGUAAGUUGAAGGAAAAAAGUUGAACUUAUUGUUUCUGUUGGAUUAAUUCAUGUUUGGUCUGUUUGCCACUUUUCCCAUCCCUUAUUUUUGUUGCACUAAGGUGAUGCAUUGGUUUUCUCAGUUUAAGCAACAGCUCUCUUCUUUUUCCAACCAGAUGAAUUUUCACUGACUAUUAAACUAUUGCCUUUUAAUCCUCAGUUACUACGCCAUCAUUUUCAAAAUUUUUAUAUAUUAUACAUAUGAAAGACCUCAACAUGGAACACAGUCAGCUUACAUGAGACCACAUUAGUAGAAUUUGUAAUGCGUAGUGAAAGGAAAUUGUCAGUUUGAUAGUUUCUGGGGAAACAACUUGUAAACUGUAUUAUUUCUCAACCAUAAUCAAUAGCAAACAGAUGGAGGUGUCAUGGUUGAGCUAUGUGGAUGUUUUUUUUUUUUUUUGCCAAAAUCAGAAAUAUUCGUUUGACGAGGAAGCGGGCACCUACAGAAACAGACGUGAGUCUCGUUACAUUUUUCUUUUCUAAUAACUUUAAAUAAGCCAAAAUGAGUGAAGUGGAAAAAGGAAAAAAAAAAAGCAUAAAAGCACUGAAUGCUAGUUAAAACGCUUCGGUUUUAGAAAGAAGCUUGCUGUGUACUCGUUGGGUCAUCAUUUGUAUUUUAUUUUUUUAAUAAAACAAACAUUGGCACUCAG